AUGGCUAUAAGCCCUGGUAAAUCUGUUAUCUUGAUUUGGAAGCUUGCAGUGUCGUUCUCGGUGUCGGUGUUGCUGGUUGCUUUGCUGUGGGCUCUGUUAGUGGCAUCGCACGAGAUUGGAUUUUGGAUGGCAAGGGAAAGAGCAUCUCACCGUAACAGGGCAAUGGUAAACGUGCAUCUAUUCAGAUGUGUUGGAAUGGUGGAGGAAAUGGCCCCGACUGACCUUCUGUCUCCACCAUUGCUAGAGAAGGGAUCUUCACACGAUCUUAGUCGCCUUAGAGAUCAUUGCACGAUCGGAAAUGAGAACAGCUCGGCCUUACGAGGAGGAGCUUCCUUAGCUCUAUCAUCUAUGACUCGGGUCAACACAUACACAGUCUCCUUCCUCGACGUGUACCCCGUCGCCAGCGGUUCGGCGGUCACCGGCCUCUUCAUCAUCGGGGACUCGUCCGUGAAUUGCGGGGAUAACGUCUUCCUCUUGCCGUUCCUACAGACCAACGCCACCUCCUCCCUUUGUGCGAAUGCUGACACGCCGCUCGUCCCGGAUAUCCUCUACAUUUUUGACAAAUUUUCAAUUAAUAACCCUGAUCUCGUAGGGCUAUUUUUAUUAUAUUGGACACAAGUUAAUCAUAAUUUCAAUUUUAACAAACGUAGGUUCCGUGGGCAUAUAUGCCCCACGGAGACUGCACCUCCGCCUCGCGUCUUAAGUACAUCACCAUGCCCUGUUUAUGUAUUUUUUUUUGUUUGUAAUGCAGCCGAGAAGCUCGGGUUGCCACGUGUACCGCCUUUUUACGGCAUGAACAGGACAACCGAGGGCGUCAUCAGCGGCCUGAACUUCGGGUCGUUGACGGCGGGGCUGCUGUACUCUGAGAGGUUUAGUCUCCAGGGAGUGAACACGCAGCUGCGCCAGGCGUUGGAGGCGAUGCAGCUGCUGCAGAUAAGCUACGGGCAGGAUCGCGCAAGGGAGCUGGCCUCGCGGUCGCUCUUCUACAUCUCCGCCGGCGCCAACGACUACCUCCGCCUCUUUCUGCCCAACGUCUCUGGCGUGCAGCGAAAAUUCGCAAGCACGGCCUUCGCCCGCUUUCUCGUCCGUCAGAUGUCCCGCGUCAUCAAGGAUCUGUAUGGCGCAGAUGUAAGGAAGAUUAUAUGUGCGGGGAUCCCGCCACUUGGUUGCACCCCGAGGCUUCUGUGGGAGCGCUACAAUUCUUCGGGUGGUAUCAGCAGCAGCCUCAUGGAAGGAGCCUGUGUUGACGACGUGAACAAACAGGUCCUCGAGUUCAACGUGCUGCUUUCAUCAGAGAUCGCCAAGUUGCAGGACGAGCUGCCUGGAUCGAAGAUUCUUUUCUGCGAUGUCUACCAAGGCAUCAUGAACAUCAUUCGCGAGCCCCGAAGGAUUCUCGAACGUCAAAAACGCGUGCUGUGGGGUGGGGCCGUAUGGAGGCAGGCUGGGGUGCAGGAGAGAUGGGACGGUGUGCAGCGACCGCGAAACACGAGUUUGGUGGGACUUAUACAACCCAACUGCAGCAACAAACUCGCUCCUCGCGGAGUGGAUGUGGGCCGACGGACCCCUGAGCAUCUGUGCCCCUGUCAGCAUCCACCACUUGACAUUCACGUAAGCAUCUCGGCCAAUUCAUGUGGACACUUGGAAGUGUAAGGAACUCCGUGUGUGGGUGUGUGUGUGCGGGCGCAGGGGAGCGGCGUUCUAAUGGAGCAACUUAAAAAGCGUGAUGGAACAGAACCAGCAAAUAUUUUGUGCUUCUGAAUUCCAGAACAAGUCAUGUUGAUCCUGUAACUUUCAUUUGUAAAAGCAAUGACCGAGUAAAAAUAGCUCA